AAUUUAUAUAGUAUUACUAGGUAGAAAGCAUUGACUAAUUAAUUUCCACAUGAUAUGAUAUAGUACAAAACAACACAUAUAUCAAUAAGUUUAGUCCUCAGCAUAUCAUAUAGUAUUUUACUUUGUAAUGGAAACAACAAAAAUAAUUGAAGAAGAUGUUGUGAUUGUUGGAGCUGGAAUUGCUGGCCUUUCUACAGCCUUAGGACUUCACAGAUUAGGAAUAAAAAGUUUGGUAUUGGAAUCAUGGGAUAGUUUAAGAGUAACUGGAUUUGGUUUAGCAAUAUGGGAAAAUGCUUGGAAGGCUUUGGAUGUUGUUGGUGUUGGAGAUAUACUUCGCAACAAACAUAUACAAAUUUAUGGGAAUGUGACUACUUCUUUGAUUACGGGGCAAGAAAUAGCAACUUUAUCUUUUAGUGACAAAGGAAAACUUAAACAAUAUUGUGUUAGAAGGAAAUUAUUGUUGGAAGCCCUUGCCAAUGAGCUUCGAAGUGGUACCAUUAGGUACUCGUCAAAGGUUGUUGCUAUUGAGGAAUCUGGUUUCUCUAAGAUACUACAUCUUGCUGAUGGGACAACCAUUAAAACCAAGGUAUUGAUAGGGUGUGAUGGAGUGAACUCUAUGGUGGCAAAGUGGUUAGGGUUUAAGGAAGCUACUUAUACAGGGAGAUAUGGAAUUAGGGGUUUUGCAGAGUUUGAAAACAAUCACAAUUUUGAGCCUGUGCAUAUGCGGUUCUUUGGCAACGGUUUUAGAGCUCUAGUUGUUCCAUGUGAUGAAAAAACUGUUUCCUGGUAUUUUACUUGGACUUCUACCAUCCAAGAUAAAGAGCUAAUUGAGAAGAACCCUGCUGAACUAAAAGAAUAUGUGUUAAACAAGCUAGAGAAGAUGCCAAGUGAUGUUAGAUAUUUCAUUGAAAAAACUGAGUUACAUGCAAUUCAAUUAGCUCCAUACAGAUACAGACAUCCUUGGGAGCUUAUAAUGGGAAAUAUUAGUAAAGGUAAUGUUUGUGUGGCUGGAGAUGCUUUCCACCCUAUGACACCUGAUAUUGGUCAAGGGGGGUGUUGUGCUUUAGAGGAUGGGGUGGUUUUAGCAAGGUGUCUAGCUGAGGCCUUCUCCAAGAACUCAAAGAAAGAAGAAGAAAAGGAGCAAUACAUAAGGAUUGAGGAAGGGUUGAAGAAAUAUGCAAAUGAAAGAAGAUGGAGAUGCAUUGAUCUUAUUACUACAUCUUAUAUUGUUGGUUUUAUUCAACAAGGUAACUCAAAAUUGGUUACCUUUAUAAGGGACAAAAUUCUUGGUCCAUUAAUAGUUGGUCAGUUAUUUAAGAAGUCUAAUUUUAAUUGUGGUAAACUGAAUUACCCUUAAUUAGUGGCACAUGUACUUAUCUUGUAUAAUGUUCAGUUCAAAGUGUUGUUCAUCUUGCCAUAUUAAUAAUGAACUCGAGUAAUGUUUGAUGUAUCUAGUCAAUAAUAUAAAUUAAAUACAUUAAAUAUUUUAUGAAUCUAAAAA